AUGGAACGCGUAUUCAAGUCUGAAGAAAGUGUCGAUGCCUACCUUCACCGUCUUGAUGGCGUGGCUUACUCGACAUACGCGCUUGUCAUGGUCGUCGUCCCUCUCAAACUAUGGUGUCGAAGAAGAGCGGGCGGAAGGUCCAAUAUCGGUCUGGAUGACUACACAACUGUGGUAGCCCUCGUAUUAGCUAACGGCUUCUUUUGGACUUGCAUGAUUGGUAUGAGAUCUAUGCUCGGGCGACAUGUUGCGAACCUGUCGCAUCCCCUGAUGGUCAUUGACUUCUUGAAGAGUGUUUGGAUUGCCCAGAUGUUCUACACGUUUGCUAUUGCAUGUAUCAAGUUUGCAGUCCUCGCAUUCUAUUGGCGUCUGUUUUCCGUCAACGCGAGAACAGUGAUAUGGAUUGUGGCAGGGAUGUGCGCAGCAUGGUACAUCGCGAUGUUGAUGUGCUUUGUCUUUAGUUGCAUACCUGUCCAAGCAGCAUGGGACAUCACCAUCACAGAAGCAAAGUGUAUCCCAAUUCGAUCUAUAUACUUAGGCGGAUCUAUACCGAACGUUAUCCUUGAUAUAAUCGUGGUGGCGAUACCGAUGCCCUACGUGUGGCGACUCCAUGCGCCGAUCGCGCAACGACUCGUCAUCGCUGGCAUGUUCGUACUGGGAACAUUCAUUGCCGUUGUCUCACUGGUUCGCCUCAUUAUCUUCCUUCAGAUACCAAUCGCUACAUCCGGCGAUGUAACAUUCAACUUCCGCGAGAUCGUCGUCUGGUCUAUUGUCGAAAUCAACAUUGGCUUGGUCUGCGCCUGCCUUCCGAGUCUCAAACCCGCACUCAGUCUCAUCGGCCUUAGCAAGCUUUUCUCCUUCAACGGGUCCCGGAUUUCAGACGCCAAAUCGCCUGGACCCAGUAGCGGUUACCCCUCCCGCCCGUUUGGUAGCACCGACGAUUCGCGAAAGUCCAGACCCCGCAAGAAAGGAGCUACUGGUGGCUUGUUUUCUACCGUCGGUGGACUCACAAGGUUAGAUAGUGAGGAAGACUUUGAGAUUGUGAGGAAUGCACAUGGAAAGCACCAGACUGAAAUUGAGAUGAUGCGGUUAAGUAAUGAUGGCGGUGACAUCAUGCCAGAUGCGGAACGCACUACGGGCAUAAAUGUGCAGAAAGAUUGGAGCGUUUGUCUUUCUUUUGACCGUUGGUCUUCAUCUCAAUGAUUUGUGUUGUAACGCCGAGACCUUCCAGUCCAGAGUGGGUUUGACCAUCAAAUAUCUUGUCCACCUCUUCCAGCGUCAUUCCCUUCGUCUCUGGAAAGU